CGACUUGGAGGCGAAUUCUAUUGAUAGCUGGGAGCAACUAGAGCAAGAGUUUCUCAAUCAUUUCUACAGCACACGAAGGACGGUCAGCAUGAUUGAGCUCACCCAUACAAAGCAAUGGGAUGAAGAGCCUGUUAUUGACUACAUCAACCGAUGGAGAAAUCUGAGCCUCUAUUGCAAGGAUCGACUGUCUGAAGCUUCGGCUAUCGAAAUGUGUACUAAAGGAAUGCACUGGGGUCUCCGAUACAUUUUGCAAGGGAUUCAGCCGAAGUCAUUUGAAGGGCUAGCCACUCGUGCACAUGAUAUGGAGUUAAGCAUGUCUGCAAGCGAGGUCAAGAAUCCACCUGUCCAUGAGCCUCAAAGAUUCAAGGACCGAAAUGAAGCCAAGAAAGGGGGCAAGUUUUCCUCUAGACCACCUAACAAAGAAGUAAAGGAAGCAAUGGCAGUCAAUGCAAGGCCUAUCAAACUCAAGGGAAACACAAGCGAGAAAGCUGUGGAAAAGAAAGAAGUUCCUCAAGAAAGGGGGCAAAAAAAAUUAACCCUGAAAGAGAUGCAAGCCAAACAAUAUCCUUUCCUCGACUCUGAUGUUUCUGGAAUUUUCGACGACUUGAUUCGAGAACAACUUAUCGAACUGCCGGAGAUGAAACGACCUAAAGAAGCAAGACAAGUUGACAACCCAAAAUGCUGCAAGUAUCAUCGUUUGGUGAGUCACUCCAUCGAAGAUUGUUUCGUCUUCAAAGAUAGAGUUAUGCAGCUGGCACGACAGGGCAAGAUAACACUUGAAGAAGACAAAGGGACUGCGAACUUUGCUUCAAUUGUGAACUGCGAGGAAGGAACUGAAGGUUUCACUUGUAAUGUGGCGAGCGAGCAAGAUGAUGUCCCAAGUGAUGAGGAGUCGGCUGAUGACAAAGAACGAUGUGAUCAUGAAGACAACGAUGCGGCAGUCACCUUCACAGAUGAAGACUUGUUGUUGGGCUCAAAACCCCAUAAUAGGCCUUUAUUCGUAACUGGUUACACUCGCAAAAGAAAAGUGAAUCGCAUAUUAAUAGAUGGAGGUUCUGCCGUGAAUAUUUUGUCUCUGCGUACUAUAAAAGAAUUGGAGAUCCCGAUGGAUGAACUCUCGAAUAGUCGACAGAUGAUUCAAGGCUUUAAUCAAGGAGGGCAACGAGCUCUAGGCAUAAUUAGAUUGAAGUUAGUAAUCGGGGAGAUGACUUCAAAUGCUCUUUUCCAUGUGAUAGAUGCCAAAACCCUUUAUAACAUGUUAUUGGGACGUCCUUGGUUGCAUGAGUAUGGAGUGGUGCCUUCUACUUGGCAUCAAUGUUUCAAAUACUACCAAG